AUACUAAGAAUUAGUCUGCAAACUGCUUAAAUUGAUUAAGUUCUAGUUAUACUCCUAAAAUUAUGUCUGUUGAUACCAGUUUGUCCUACGCCGCCUUAAUCUUGGCCGACUCCGAAAUCGAAAUCACUGCUGAAAACUUGUUGGCCUUGACCACUAAGGCCAACGUCGAAGUUGAAGGUAUCUGGGCUGACAUCUACGCCAAGGCCUUGGCCAGCCAAAACUUGAAGGACUUGUUCUUCAACAUCUCCUCUGCCCCAGCUGCUGGUGCCGCUGCCGCGGGAGGUGCUGCUGCCACUGGUGCUGCUGCUGAAGAAGCCGUCGAAGAGGAAAAGGAAGAAGAAAAGGAAGAAUCCGAUGACGACAUGGGAUUCGGUUUAUUCGAUUAG